GGUACCAUGUUGUGUAUAAAAAGAAACAAAUCAUCAUUUUUGUACGAAGAAUUAAUUGUGACAACAUACCUAGAAUUUGUCUGCACUUUUAUUACUCAACAAGAAUGAAUGUUUCAGUAUUAAGAGGACUGUUAGUAGCCUUGAUAUUAAUAGAUUGGUCUGGAUGUGUUGCUUCUGAUCCUUUUGGAUCGGUACUUUCAAAGGAGGUCAAAAGAGUGCGCCGGUCUGGUGACAAUGACAAGAAUGACAAGGAAACAAAACCUCCGGCUCCUCCGGAAGAACAACCCAGCGAAAUGUCAACAACAGAACAGAUCAAUGGCACAGGGCUUGGUAAUGAGUCGGACACCACCCCCGCGUCAGUCUUACAGACCUUAACUGAGGCAGGUCCAGUCAAGACGACAACGGAGGAUAGUCAGUUGCCUGCUCAAGACUCAGCUGAGGAAGAGCACUCCAGCAGCCUGGCCCUGUUCUUCAUUCUACUCAUUCUAGCCCUGUCAAUCAUCUUGGUCCAUCUUCUGAUCAAGUUCAAGUUCCAUCUUUUACCGGAGAGUGUCGCUGUGGUGUGCCUGGGAGUGUUGAUUGGUCUGAUAUCACUGCUCACCAAGAAUGCCAAGAAUGCAGAGUAUAAACUCACGGACUAUGAGAUGAUGGAUCCCACCAUGUUCUUUCUUAUUCUUCUGCCUCCGAUCAUCUUCGAGUCCGGCUACUCAUUGCACAAGGGUAAUUUCUUCCAGAACAUUGGCUCCAUUCUUGUGUUUGCUGUCUUUGGCACCGUUAUUUCAGCCAGUGUGGUGGGGGGAGGCCUCUACCUACUUGGUCAGGCGCAAGUGGCCUACAAGUUGGACUUGGUGGAGAGCUUCGCUUUUGGUUCCUUGAUUUCAGCCGUUGAUCCGGUCGCAACGCUGGCGAUAUUCUCAGCUAUCGAUGUUCAUCCUCUACUCAACAUGCUGGUGUUUGGAGAGAGCAUACUAAAUGAUGCUGUCUCCAUUGUCAUGUCGGCCACUGUCAUCAAUCUAAACAGCCAAGAGAUGGCCAACGUGACGUCUAGCGAGGCAUUUGGUUACGCCGUAGGAUCAUUCUGUCUCAUGUUCUCUGCUUCGGCUGCCAUCGGAAUACUGAUUGGUAUCAUCAGUGCCUUGCUCUUGAAGCAUAUUGACUUGAGGAAGACACCUUCUUUAGAGUUUGCCUUCAUCCUCAUCUUCUCCUACCUGCCCUACGUGCUCUCGGAAGGACUCAAACUAUCUGGUAUCAUGUCUAUAUUGUUUUGUGGCAUCACCAUGUCUCACUACACGCAUCAUAACCUGUCACCCAUCACCCAGAUCAACGUCCAACAGACCUUCCGUACGCUGGCCUUCUUGGCAGAGACCUGUGUGUUUGUGUAUCUGGGACUGGCUGUACCGACGUUUAAUCACGACUUCCAGCCAGCUUUCAUCAUCUGGACGUUGGUGCUGAUUUUGGUUGGCAGGGCACUUAACAUCUUCCCACUGUCGUUUCUCUGCAACAAGUUCCGAGAACACAAGAUCACACUGAAAAUGCAGUUGGUCAUGUGGUUCAGUGGGUUGCGGGGAGCCAUCGCUUACGCCCUCAGUCUCCAUUUGAUGUUUGGUAAUCAGACCAGGCACGUCUUGGUAACCACGACCCUCGUUGUUGUCCUGUUUACAGUUGUGGUCAUCGGUGGCCUGACUAUGCCGGUCUUGAAGCUUAUCGGACCGGAGUCGGGCAAACCGAAGAAAGAAGUCACACUCAGCAAAACAGAAGAUUUGGGAAGUGCCGUUGACGCUGAGCAUCUGUCAGAGCUGACAGAAGAGGAAUAUGAAGUCAACUACAUCAAGCCUCAUCUGACUGGCUUCGUCAAGUGGGACACCAAGUACUUUUUGCCGUUCUUCACUCGGCGAUUGACAAACAAGGAUUUGACGGAUGGUAGAAUUCAGAUGCGACAUCUUGCAAACCAGUGGUACUCUGAGGUGAGAGGCACGAAAUCCGAUACGGAGGAAGAACUGGAGACAAGUCUAAUAACGGCUGAAGCUCACUAAAGCAACAAAUGGCAAAACCGCCAAGCAAGCAUAAAGGCAUGUAGGAUCAUUUGCUUUUCAUGCACUUUGUUUGUUUCCAAUAACAACACUCUCAUAAUCUAAAGAAGAGUGUUCACAACCUAGCAUGUUGAAGUUUCAACUCAGUGGAUAUUACACCUUUUGAGAAAUCAGUGAAAAACCAUGCACAACCUUUUGAUCAUGAAACACAAUUUUGUCCAUUGCACUUUGUAUUUCCAAAAAUCAGUCAAUUGACAGAUUGUUGGAAUCAGCUGAUCUUUGGAAAUCUUCUACAUUUCUUUCUUAUAAAAUACAGCAAUUUGGUUAAGGGUUGAUGUAUUUCUUAUAUUCUGUAAAUUACUAUGAAUAUGACUUAAGGUUUUAGGAAUUUUUAAAAAAUCUUUAAUUUCUUCUUUUUACGUAAAACGUCCUUGUAUUUGAUAUGUGAGAUAAAGAUGAUGGUCACUGUGUACAAUAUUUUGAGAUCAAUUUAAGCAAGUUUUUAAUACCUUAUUGGGCUGGUAAAAAGUGAAUGCCUUUCUGUCUGUGGAACGUCUAUCCACGUAAUGCAGGUAUAAGCAUUUGUUGUAAGAUGAAAUUGCUGAAAAUAACGGCUUCAAUCAUCAGUGUCAAUUGAAAAUUCUGUUGAAUUCUUAAAGUCGUGCAUAGAAGAAAUCUGAUGUCAAGAAGCUCUUCAAACAGACUUUGCAUGUAUUUUUUAACUUUUAUGAAAGAAGAAGACAGGCCAGAAUUUGUUGAGAAAAUCAGAUUUGGCUGGGUGAAACCCAUACCCCACACCCAGGCCCUAUGAGUGAAACCAAUACCCCACACCCGGGCCCUAUGAGUGAAACCCAUACCCCACACCCGGGCCCUAUGAGUGAAACCCAUACCCCACACCCGGGCCCUAUGAGUGAAACCCAUACCACACACCCGGGCCCCCAUGUGAGUGAAACCCAUACCCCACACCCAGGCCCCAUGAGUGAAACCCAUACCCCACAGCCGGAACCCAUGAGUGAAACCCAUACCCCAUACCCGGGCCCUAUGAGUGAAACCCAUACUCCACACCCACCCGGGCCCCCAUGUUAUGAGUGUUUGUGCAUCUUUGCGCAUUGUGGAUUGGGAACCCAUUCUAUUUUCAUGUUCAGUAUCAUUUAGCAAUUAUUUAUUUCUGUCGGCAUAUUGUUAGUAUUGUAAAUAUGACUUGUAUCAGUGUAAAAAUGUAUCAUUAAAUAAUUGGGCAAUUUUAGCUUGGUAAUAAAUUCGUGCAUGAAAAUGCAAAGCUUAAAUAUAAACAUUUAA